AUGUCAUUUUUCAUUAAAGGAAAAUAUAAAAAGGAAAACAAAAAAUUUAAAAAUAUAAUAAAUAACAGUGAAUCGAGUAAUAAAAGCAACAACAAAAGGAAAAGACCAGACGAAGAAAUAGAUAGUGACUUAGAAGACGAUUUAACUCUUCAAAAUGAUUAUAAACAUUCUUCGGAUAGCGAAAUCGAAGAAACUGUUCAAGAGAAACGACUUCGAUUAGCUCAUACUUACUUAAAAGAAAUUGAAUUAAAAGAAAAAGAGCGGUUGGAAACAGAAGAUGUAGAUAAAAAUUUAAUAGCGCAAAGAUUGAAGGAAGAUGUUCUAGAGAAAUUCGGAAAGUUGCCGAAAAAGGUUGCUGCUCAAUACUCUCACUGUGGCGAUUAUCUAGUUUUAAAAUGUAAAGACCAUUCAAGAUCCAUUACGUGUUUGACAGUUUCAAGUGAUGAUACGUACAUUUAUUCCGCUUCCGAUGACUAUAGUAUAGUUAAGUGGUCUUUAAAAACCCGUAAAAAAAUACUUACGGUUAAAAGAACAGAUAAAAAUGGACACAAAAAAAAAAUAUUGUCAUUGGCUUUGACUAGUGAUAAUAAAUAUUUAGCCAGUGGAGGCCUUGAAGCUAAGGUUAAUAUAUGGAAUCCGGAAGAUUUAACUCUUCUACAUGUUUUUUCAGGGCAUAAAAUUGAUGUUACAGGGUUGGUGUUUAGAAAAAAUACACAUCAGUUAUUCAGUUGCUCAUCAGAUAAAAGUAUUAAACUGUGGAAUUUAGAUGAAAUGUCUUAUGUUGAAACUCUGUAUGGGCAUUCUAAUGGAAUAACUUCUAUUGAUGCAUUAAUUAGAGAUCGAGCUGUAACUUCAGGUGGAAGAGAUAACUCAAUAAGGAUAUGGAAAGUUCCAGAAGAGUCACAUUUAGUAUUAAAUGGUUGUCUAGAAUCUAUUGACUGCGUUAAACUUUUAAAUGAAAAUAAUUGCAUUUCGGGUGGAGACGGUGGAAAUGUUUGCUUAUGGUCAAAUUUAAAAAAGAAACCAAUUUUCACGUUAAAAGAAGCUCAUGGGAAAGAUAUUCAUAGUGAUUCGCCUAAUUGGAUCGUUAGUUUAGCCACGUACACAUAUUCAGAUUUUUUCGCCAGUGGAAGUUUCAACGGAAUUAUAAACUUUUACAUGUGCGAUGAAAAAUUCAAAUCCUUUAGUAAAUGUUUUGAAACAAAAGUAGAUGGUAAUAUUAAUUGUAUGGCAUUCACGAAUGAUGGACGAUAUUUAAUAGUUGGGAUCGGACAAGAACAUAGAAUGGGUAGAUGGCAUAAAAAAAAAGAAGUGAAAAAUUGUAUUUUAUUAAUGCCUUUAAUAAAAAAGAGUUAG